AACAUGUAAAAGAAAGGGUAAUAGAUUUUGAAUCAAAGAAGAAAUAUGCUCUAAAGAAAGAGUUUACAGUUGAUCUCUUACUGUAUGUAUUUGACAGCGCAGGGACUUGGCUUUCAGACUCCCACAAGACAUACAAAAUGAACAACAAUGCACUCACUUAUGUAGAAAGCAAGAAAACGCAGUAUUACAACGUUUUCAGAAGCUUCUGCAAAGGAAACUCAUCUGCUGUCGUGCUUGGAGAACUGAUCUGUGAGAAACUGAAGAGUUCCAUUGUUGAAGCCGUCUGUAACGAGACUGCCAUUGAUCUCGCUGGAAAGAUAAGGGGCAUAUUCCCAGCAUUCAAGGAGAACAGGCUGAACUUGGAGAAACACGUAUUGAAGGGGCUCGCAGAGAAAGAGGUCUUUAGUGAUUUUAUCACCUACAUCCUAAACCCAAGGAAACAAGUAGAGACUUUUAUAAGAGAGAAAGUACAUAAGUACAUCUUCACAGAAAACAAAGAUGAAGCACAGAAAGUACUCAAGAAAAAUGUUGAAGACAUCAAUAAGCUUGUGAGUCAAGCUUUAUUUACUGCAACAGAGAAAGUAAAAAAGAUGGAAGGAAAAAAGGGAGUCGCAGACAAGUGGAUGGAGGAAUUUUCCAGUUUGCUAGAAAAGGAGCUGACCUUCGACACAAUUUGUUGUGAAAACUUCAGUGACAUAAACAAUUUUGACUUUCUUAAGGAAGAGACAGAGAAAGGCCUUAAACCCAUCAUAGAGGAGAUGAACAGUCUCUCACUGCAUGAGAUGGAGGAAUUCAGGAUGCAGCCUGACCAAAUCCUCAUCGAUCAGCUGUGUCACUGCUGCUGGGGUAAAGUGUCCUUUCUGUGCAGCUGUUUGUAUCAACACAAUUGAAAAUCACAGUCCUGACAAACACACUGUCCCUUUCCAUCGCCCCUCUGGGAUUAAAGGAUUUCACACUAGAGGCACAAAGGACCUGGUCAGCGAUUUCUGCACAACAUUAGUUG